GGAAGUGAUACAAAAGGCAAAACAUGGCGUUGUUAGCUGCUAAAUGAUCAAGAAAAAGAAAAGCCACCUUGAAUUGAUGCUUUAAAACAUCGUCCACUAUCCGUCUGACAGUCGUGUUCAGUAUUGCUCCGAUUCAUACAUCUUUACGUAUGGCAAGCACGCUGGAUUUCAGGACGCAUGUCGACCAGUCAUGCAGAUAUUCGGAAGAAUUCGUCAACAUUUAUUACGACUGCAUGGAUAAGAAAAGGAGGAACUUGACCCGGCUCUACCUGGACAAGGCGACCUUAGUGUGGAAUGGGAAUGCAGUGUCAGGACAAGAUGCUCUGGGCGAGUUUUUUGAGUCUCUGCCAUCAAGCGAGUUCCAAGUUCAAACCCUGGAUUGUCAGCCAGUUCACGAACAAGCAACCCAAGGCCAGACCACACUGCUUGUGGUGACUGGUGGGACAGUCAAGUUUGAAGGGAACAAACAGCGUUUCUUCAACCAGAACUUUCUUUUGACCGCUCAGGCCUCACCCAACAAUGAUCAGCCUGUUUGGAAGAUUGCUAGUGACUGUUUCCGAUUUCAGGACUGGAAUAGCUGAGGCCUUUUUCCAUCUCUGCUUUGAAAAUAAGAUGAUGUGUUUAUCCCUAUGCUUUUGUAAUAAAAUCAAAAAUGUCAUAAAA